AAAUAAAGAAAAGAGAAGGGGGUAGGGGUAGAAUAUUCUAAGCCAUGAUUUGAGCAAGCGAGGAGGCUUUAUUCAGUUGAGAGAGAGAGAGAGAGAGGCAGAGGCGAAGACCGUUAGUUAAAUAAGGUUUUUUGGUUUGGUUCUGUCUCCCUCCUUCCUCUUCUCCUCGGUCUUCUCUUCGGUCUUCUCUUGUUCUAUCCAAAUGAAUCGAAACUCGCCACCUAAAAUAACGCUUUUGUAGGAUCCCAGAACCAGCCGGUCCUAUCUUUCCUCCAUCCACUUCCAACGACCGUAGUCUCUUUCCCUCUCGACGAAAGAAACAGGUAAUUACACCCGACAACACAAUAUUGUAUCGCGGAAAAUCGAGAUUUGGGAUUCCGUCUGUUCUAGCCACACACAGAGAGAGAGAGAGAGAUGGGUGAGGUGGCGGCUACAUCGGAUUCAUCAUCGACCUUGUCAUCUUCAAUCUUUACGAAUUACCCUCUCCUUUCUGCUCUCGCCGCCUUCGCCAUUGCCCAGUCCAUCAAGUUCUUCACCACCUGGUAUAAUGAAAGAAGAUGGGAUCUCAAGCAGCUUGUUGGAUCUGGUGGAAUGCCAUCUUCUCAUUCCGCCACUGUGACUGCUCUUACUGUGGCUGUGGGGUUCCAAGAAGGCUUUGGAGGAUCCAUAUUUGCAAUUGCAUCGGUCUUAGCAUGUGUUGUGAUGUAUGAUGCCACUGGUGUGAGAUUACAUGCUGGACGCCAGGCAGAGGUUUUGAAUCAAAUUGUGUAUGAACUUCCUGCUGAGCAUCCUCUGGCUGAGAGCAGACCAUUGCGUGAACUUCUUGGUCACACCCCUCCCCAGGUUAUUGCUGGUGGAGUGCUCGGGAUUGCCGCGGCAUCUAUUGGCCAUGUGAUCACCUUGGCUAGCAGCUGAGCUUGACGCUGAAGUAGAUCUCGGAUAUCAUCAGACAGCAUCUCUGAUUGCCACGUCUCUUUUGAGGAAUAGGAUGUCAGAACUGUCACUCUAGGUGGCUCCUUCGAAUUUGAAUACGAGGCUCUUGUUCAUGGUCU